ACACUGUGCGUAUUGCAGGGAGAUAUUAAAUCUCAGUUUUCGUGAAUAGCAACAGGAAGUUUAAAACCAGAACUUUCAUGCUCAAAACGUUCUGAUAGUAAAUCAAUAAGGAUGGAUAUUUUCGAAUUUUGAGAUGUACUAAGGUUUGCGUUACGUUUUCAUUUGAGAAUAACUAUAGACAAGUUUCCUCUGAUUGUUUUAUUUUUGUGUCCUGUCAGUUGUCACUGUCACUUGUACAGUCUGUAAAUGUGUUCACCAUCACCACCGGUUCUAUCUGGGAAUGUCAGUUAACUGAGUGAACCCUAGUACAGAUAGGUCAUAGUAUGAAAGGUUUUUAAAUAACAACUGAAAAAAUAUGAUAUCGUUUGUGUAUUUUUUAUUAAUAUACUUAAAUCUUAACGGUCUCCAACAAUGUAUUUGCGAAGAGAAUGAAAAUAAAUACAAAAUGCCGACAGUAGGAAUAUCUGUACUUGUUAGGAAUAAAGCACAUACUUUACCAUAUUUCUUAACAUGUAUAAAGAAUUUGGAUUAUCCUAAAGAUCGUGUAUAUGUUUGGAUUCAUAGUGACUUCAAUGAAGACAGGAGUAUUGAGAUUGUAGAGAAAUGGGUGGAAAAAUAUGCCAAGCUGUAUAGCGGUGUAUAUUUAACAACUAACAGCACUAGUGGUCACCUCCACAGUGAUCAAAAGAGUUCUAUACACUGGACUCCGGAACAUUUCAAGCAUGUCAUAAGGCUGAGAGAAGAUGCUCUGAAAUUUGCACGAAAAAUGUGGGCUGAUUACCUCUUGAUGAUAGACGCAGAUGUGUUUCUGACCAACCCUGCAACUCUUAAAGUUCUCGUCAGUAAAGAAUUAGAAAUUGUGGCCCCGAUGUUGAUCUCGGAUGGACUCUACUCCAAUUUUUGGUGUGGAAUGACAGAUCGGUAUUAUUACUUGAGAACAGAUGAUUAUAAGCCAAUACAGAAGCGGGAAAAUUUAGGCUGCUUCGUAGUGCCCAUGGUACACACGGCAGUACUGGUCUCUUUGAAGACAGUAGUGUCUGACAGAAUAACCUACGACCCAAAGAAGAUCCGGAAUUAUGACGGACCGCAUGACGACAUUAUAGCGUUUGCUGUGAACGCCAAGAAGAAUAAAAUACCGCUUCACAUAUGUAACGACGAGCUGUAUGGGUUCGUGCCAGUGCCUUUGGAGGACAACGAUGACCCUAAGAAUGAUUACGAGCAAUUACUCAACAUUAAACUUGAAGCUAUCGGUCGGCACAGCCCUCUCUACCUCGACACGUUUUUAGAAGGGUAUGUGACUUACCCUCAAAUGUGGAAGUUUGGGUGCAGUGAGAUCUAUAUGAUCAAUCUUGAAAGAAGAUCGGAAAGGAGAAAACUGAUGGAGAUGAAUUUCAAAGAAUUAGGCAUGGAUGUUAAGCAUUUCAAAGCUGUUGACGGGAGAAAACUGGAUAUGGACAACCUUAAGGACAUGUCAAUCACGCUUAUGCCUAACUAUGAAGACCCUUACCAUAAGAGGCCUAUGAAGGCGGGAGAAGUUGGUUGUUUCUUGAGCCACUAUUACAUUUGGGAAGAUAUAAUAGAGAACAAGCACGCGAUAUCGCUGGUCCUGGAGGACGACAUCCACUUCGUGCCGUACUUCCGCAGCAGGUUCUUGCAACUCAUGAGCGAAAUCGAAACCCUCGACUGGGACUUGGUCUACAUCGGUCGCAAGAUCCUGUUAGAUGACGAUGAGAAAUACGUGACGCAACACACGACGCGGCCGCUGUACUCGUACUGGACGCUCGGCUACCUGCUCAGCGAGAGAGGCGCCAGGAAGCUGCUGAGCGCGCGGCCUCUGGACAGGAUGCUGCCCGUCGACGAGUUCCUACCCAUCAUGUUCGACCAGCACCCCAAUGAAACGUGGAAAGCCCACUUCUUGAACCGCAAUCUCGAGGCUUACUCCUCAGCUCCGCUGCUAGUCCACCCAACGCACUACACCGGGCAAGACGGCUACAUCAGUGACACAGAAGACUCAGACCUCGUCAUUUUACCUUCAAACCUUAAGAAUGAACUGUAAGCUGUUAAGUAUAGCUGGAGAUACCUUUGUCUAAGUACAUCAGGUAUAAUUUUAGUUUGUUGCCAAAAAACCCAUAUCAGAUGCUGUAGGUUAUUAGUCCAAAAUGUAAAAGUCAAAUUUUGAUAUUGAUAGCUGUUAAUUUUGGAAUAAUAGUGUUGCUGAGGACUAAAACAGACUUUCCUUAAGAAAAUUCGAAAAUAGCUUCAUAAAACGGACAUAUUAUUUUCCUUGCAAAAUUAAAUAUUAUCAGUGCCAUUCUAUAUUAAAUAACUUAAAAAAUGAGUUCCAGAAACGUACGAAUUAUAUUUAGUUUUCACAGUUACCCGGUUACAGGCAUCUGUGAAUGGACUCGGUCAGACGGAUGUGCUAAACAAAUACCUGCACUCUUACGUAAACACAAAACUUCCGACUCUCAUUACUGGAGCUUUUUGACGUCAAAUUGACGUGUGUCGUAUGGACGUGACGCAAUUAAUGUCGCGGUUCGUGUUUAGUCAGUAAAGCCAAAAAUGUGAACUACGUCGGAGAAAGAAUCUCUUCUAUUGAUGAAUGUAUAGUACUAUAGAAUUUUAUUCUGAAACAGUGCUAAUUCGGAAUCGAUCAAUUAUUCACUACGUGGAGAUGACAUUUUCAUCUCCACGUAGUGAAUAAUUAUAAUUAUUGUAUAAUCGGUAGUUUAAAUUAAGUUUCCUCCCUUUUAUGAAUAAUUUAUUCAUUCUAAACUCACUUAUAUCAAUAGGUUAGGAGGCUUAAAAAACGGGAUAAAAAGGGGCUAUAAAAAAUUAAGCGUAAGGAAGUGCAUCGAUGGAGAUAAUAACAUUAAUUAGGUUCCUUUUGUAGAAGCUGCAAUCACCGACCAUACACAGUUUAUUUUGUCUAUUAUACUGUAGACUGGAUGUAAGAAGUAGAUUUAAUCCGUCAGUUAGAUAAAUAAAAAGUACACGUUUUUCUCCUGAUUGAAUUGCGACAAAUCGCAGAUAUUUGUCCCACUCGCGUUACCGAUCUACUCAAUAUUUGGCAUGCAUAUGCAAUAUUAUUAGGACACAGUCAAUUUGAUGCUGGAACUAAAAUAUGGACAUAAGAGCUCCUCAAUAAAUGGCCACCACCUAAUCGAGUUGGAAUCCUUUGAUUAAGUCUAGACGAGUAGUCUGAUCCUAAAGAAAGCAAGUGAAAUGAGCUAUAAUACGAGUAAUUUUUAUAAAUUCUUGCUCAUGUGACCAAAAACUAUUACACUCGAACCUUCAGUAGUAUUUUAGGGGAAACAUUAAUGUCUCUAUAAUUUACCCCUUAUCGAACUGUCAUCAAUGCAUGUUCCUUUUUAUACAUUUACACUCUAUGUACUGAGAACCAUUGCUAUAAUUCUAUGGUGUACAAAAAAGAAUACACUAUUCAAUUAUAUUCAUCAAUAUUAAUUCGUCCACAACAUAGUUGGCAGUAUCAACACGCACGGUUAUCACGCAGACAUUCUUAAUAUAUAGUUUUAAGAAUUAGACACGUGUGAUUGCCAGAUUUCUAGUACAUUUCGUUCUAAUGGUAUUUCGUAAUUGACAAUGAUGAAUGUCAAUCUACUUGGUGAAUUGGCCGCGAGUUCGAUUGUUGUUAACGUCCCGUCGUUCCCUGUCUUUGUUGCCGAUACGGCACUUCAUACAGGGAAUCUUAGUAGUUGUGUCAAUAGACUGCGUUCGGACACUGUUUACGACUGAAAGGGAAUCGAAAAUCCGUACCUUUAUGGUUCUAUAGUACUAGUACAGUAGUCAAAUAUUCAUCGGUAGCUUGUGUCUAACACAAAAGUGUCCUCGUUUGUGCCCUGCCUAAAACACUCACUAUUCCAAUUAUGUGAGGGACGUAUAUUGACUGACAGAUUAGCUUCUACGAAAAAUAUACAAGAACGCCUCGUGUUUCCGUUCAUCUCGGCAAUUCGAAAUAGUCAUACAAAGUGCCAUGGUAAAAGAAUAAAUAUAAGUAUAAUAACUGUUUAAAAAAAACUCGAUGCAUGCUUAUACUAAUGUUGGGGGUACGGAAUAUAAUAGCUUACCAUGAUUUUGUUUUGAUUAGCUGAAGUUUCGAUUAGGUUUCUUUUGUCUUGGUUCUAAACAGAUUACUUGCCAUUAUUCAAUAAUAUAUAUUACAAUCUGGUUCAUUGAAGCAGUCUUAAUGUGAAAUAUAUGUAACGAGGUAAUUCCUGAUCCCUUAAUGUGAAAAUUUAUAAAUGAUUUUGAUAUCUGCUUAUUAAUCUAGCAAAAUAUUUUGGAAAAGGUUCUCUAUACGUUUACCCAAGUAUAGGGUUUUGUCUAAAGAAAAUUGUACUUAGAAUUAUAUUCCUAUUUUAAACAGCUGAUGUAUGAGACAUUUAUUAUAGCCUUUUAUUCAAUACUUUUCAUUGUAACUAAUAUUUGUGUACCUUCAUAUAUUUUGUAUUAGUGCUGAGGGAUUUAUAAGUUAUGCGAGUUCAACCCUCAAAUAUUUGGCACACGACGACAUUUAAUUUAAAGAUCACUGCAACACAACUCAUUGUAUUAUCUUCCUUAAUAUAAAUAUAGACAAUAAAUACAAACUUACGUAGCUGUAUUCAAUAGUACAUAAAUGAAUCUCAAAUAUAAUAAUACUGACUAUAUUUUGAUAAAAUGUAAGAUGUACAACUAAAAUAAUAAUUCUAGUUUGUAAGAUUUAAAUGCAUUUAUUAGUUAACAAGUAAUGUAUGACAUAAUGUUAUUGUAUCUUAUGUAUGUAAUGGAUAUUGCUGUAUUAACAUAUCAGAAAAAGUUACAAAAGUGUUAAAUGAACCUAUUGGUUUUAAGUCAAAUUGAAUUCACGUGAAAAAAUAGUGACAAGACACCAACUUAAAAUGUAUUGAAUAUGUUUUUACAUGAAUCAUGUAUAAAAGGAAAUUU